GUGUGAUUUCAUUGUUGAAAUUGUCGCUUUUGGAGUUUUUGGAACUAUCAUCACAAAAGUUAAUACACAAAAUACCAAAAAUGUACCAGAAAGUAAAACUAAAGAUUCAUUUCAAAAAUCCAUAUUACAAAUACCAAAAGCAACCAAAAAAUCCAAAAGAAAAGAAGUUAUAAAUUAA